AUGCCAGCCAUAUCCUACUACGCCGGCGACGCUCGCACCAUUGAGGAUGCGUACCGUGUCCUCAUUCACGAUCUCCGCAUUCCCCUCUGCCUGCCGCAGGAGCGCGCCACGACGGCUCUCGCAAGUACCUCGCGUCAGGUGCAUGCGGACCUCAAGUGUUUGCUGGACGAGUUCCCAGCCGAGCUCAAGGCGUUCAUUGGGUCUGAGCCCGACGCCAGGCGGAGGUUGAAAGACUUCAUCCAGGACAAGCAGCGCCAUCAGGAGCGGCUCACGAGCGUGAGCGAUCCCGACCUCCUCACCAUGUCCCAGAACUCGCGGUCCACAGAGGCGACGUUGAUCGAGGACGAGAAACCAGACGCCAAAUGGCUGGAGAAGAAGCUCCUCGUUCGGCCAGGCUCAACAGGCCUGCAAGGCAGCACAGUCAUCGACUUGGAUGACCUCGACUCCCUAGCGUCCGAGUCUGACGAUGACGACCCCAAGCGCGAACCCUCGCCCACACCCGGCCGCUCCAGGGCCAUAUCGUCUCCCAAGCGCCCGGCGAGUGAGAGCAACCUGCCCUUGCACAACAUGUUGGAUCAGAGCCCCAGCAAGCGCCGCGUGAUUGACCUCGGGCGGUGUGCGAGCGACGACCCUUCCGCCCAACGGCGCAUCGCCCCUUUCCGGCACUCUGGCAGUGACGACACUAGCGAGCAGAUGUCGCGAAGCCCAUCCAUCGAGUUCACUGGCGGCACCCAGCCAACGACACCCCAAAGGCGACCAGCGACCGGGGAAACAGGGAUGACUGGUCCACUGGGGCGUCUUGAGCUCAAGACGCCAAAGCUUGGCCAGGUUGCCCCCUCUCCCUUCUCUAUCGCCAAGGCCGCGCCCGAGGUCGAUCUAAGCGGCUAUGACCCAGCACACCCGUUGGUCGCCCCCGGUCUGGACGAGAGGUAUCUCGAGGUCAUCCCGCGCAACCCGUACCAGGCGCAGAUGAACAGGAAGGGUAUCAACUAUUACGUCCAGUGGGGAUUGUCGCUCCAGAUGGAGUCACACGAGGCGGUCGACUGGCGGGACAUUAACGUCAGCGACCUCGACUUGUUGAUCGGCACGCCCAGCAAGAUCUUGCCCAGGAUCAGCCACGUCCUCGACGCAGUCGCUGCGCGCAAACGCGGCGAAUGUGCUUCCGAUGGCCAACUGCAUCCAGACUUCCCUUCCGAGACGUCGUCCAGUCGCAUGUUGGCGGAGAUGGAUAUGGAAGAGGUGUCUAUCAACGAUGUCGACCUCCGUGGUGUCGGCAACGACAGUCAGACGUGGCCCUACGGAGGAAGCCUCGUCUUUGCCGUGGCAGUUCGGCGCGAUAACGUGGGCAUACGUCCAAUGCAAGUCACUGCCGUUGACCAAGAAGCGGCCGACAACCCCUACCGCCGCUCUCCGACAAAGGCGAUGGACCCUCCCAGCAACCCCUUCGGCGCUCGUGCUGCAGCCAAAAGCGCUCCCUUCCCUUUCCGCUUCCAGCUCCUGCCAUUCGAGCCGCCAAGAAGGUCGACACGCCUCGCCCGUCGCUUUGGGUCACGUCGCGUCCUUACCAUCCGCUUCUCCGAUGUCCCGCGGGACCAACGCCCAAGACUUUUUCGCAUGCUCCUCGGUCGCGCACUGGUUCUCUUUGGCCGCGUGUUUCGAGUCAUUCAUGCGCCGGCUGAUGCCGACCAUGCCACUGCCAUACAGACGAACGAGGCUGUGCCGAACACCCCGUCGGCGGUCGUAGAGUCGGGCACCAUGUCCUUCUUGGAACUACUGUCUGCGUUCAAUGGGCUGGAGGCAAAGCCCAACCAGGCCAUGGCGAAGUGGGCCUCUCGCAUGCAGCUUCUCCUCUCCGACUCGGUCCCGGCUGUCCGGGUCGACCCUGCGCGCAUCACCACUAUCCCGGACAUUGUGUGCGACAGCGCCAAAGAUCCAGAUAACCCGGCGACUACUGAGAUCUUGACCGAUGGAUGUGGUCUGAUGUCCGAGGACCUGGCACGCCAAAUCGCCCUCCACCCCAACUUUUCCCAGCGACUCACUGGCCGACCGUACGUCGUCCAGAUGCGUUGCGGUGGUGCCAAGGGUCUCCUCGCCGUCAUGAGCCCCGAGCAGCGUCUCCAGUACCCAAACAUGGAUGUCGUCUUGCGCGACUCGAUGGUCAAGUCGUACCCAGAUGACAAGUCCAAGGCACACCUCGACCCGGCCCUGUGCACGCUCGACGUGUGCCGUGUCGACGGCCUCAAGAUCGGCACCAACAUCUCGUCGGAGCCAAUCAUCAUCAUGGAACACAACGGCGUCCCAUCUGACUUACUGCUCGCCAUGGCUGAGGAGAGUAUCGACAUGAUCCGUAGGGCCUUCAUCCCGAAGAUCUGCGCAGAUGUUGGUGAGGACGAGCGCGGCAUGCGGGAUAGGCUCAUUGCCGCCAUCUGGCGGUUCGGUGGUGUUGGGCAACAACGCAAAAGGAGAGAGUGCAUCGCGCAAGGCCUCUCAACCAAGGUCGCCGGACUUUCGAUCGAAUCGACCUCGGUGUCUGUCUCGGGCUCGUCGGAUGUCUUUGAGUUUGGUGACCCGGAUGUGUCCAAGGAGGAGCAACUCUACAACACUUUGCUCGCGGGCUACACGCCGACGCCAAUGGGUGCAUCCUGGGCUGCGGGCAUGCUGCGGUGUGUGGUGAAGUCCUUGGCCGACAACGCCGUCACAGACAUCAGGAUUUCCGUCGACCAGAGUGCUACCGCCAUGAUCGUGCCGGACACGUUGGGCGUCCUGGCCCCGGACGAGAUCUUUGUGUCGUUCUCGGCCGAUCAGCCCGUCGACCCUGUCACCUUGCGCCGCAUCAACUUCCUCGAGGGCGACGUCCUCAUUUACCGCUCGCCAUGCAAGCUGCCAACCGACGUCCGCAAGCUCAAGGCCGUCGUGCGGCCCGAGCUCUUCCACCUCCGCGACUGCAUUGUGCUGUCCGCAAGCAGCAAGCUGUGCACUGCCUCCCCUGCCAGCUUCCUCGGCGGCGGAGACUAUGACGGCGACACAGCGACGGUGAUCUGGGACGAACGCCUUGUGACGCCCUUCACCAACGCGCCCGAUGAGAUGGCGUUCCCGCCAGAGACGUUUGAGCAGGACAACUUCGUGAAGAAGACUGUCAGCGUUCGUGAGAUCCUCGAUGCGGUCGGCACCGAGGACGAAGCCGCCAAGAUCAUGAACGUCCAGUACUUUUUGCUCGCCAACAUGCUGGACCAGCACUUGACGGGAAUCUAUUCUGGACUCCAUGACAAGGCCGUGUACCAUCUCGGAUGUGCCCAUCCCGACACGAUCCGUCUCGCGCACAUGUUCUGCCACGUCCUCGACGCUCGUAAAAGUGGUCUCACCUUGCUUCCUGACCUGUUCAGCAAGGACUCGCGUGCCAUUCGCGGCACGGUGUGGUGGCGUUGGACCAAAAAGGGCAUUGACAAGACCUGUCAGGAUAACGUCAUCUUCGUCGAGCGUGCAGGUCCCAGAGCGUUCAUUAUGGACAGGCUCCUCGAGUCGGGCCGCACCAAGACAACGGAGAUUAUGAGCGACUUUCCGGAUCCCGCGAAAGGCUUCGUCGGCGACAACGACCUUGUUGGCUUGUCAAGCGACUUUACGCGCAUACUGGAAUUUGCCAAAGCGGACCAGGCACGACGACCGCAAGACGACCAGCACGACGCCGAGCUCAAUAAACACAUCAAUAACCUGGUCGGCCACGUUCUCGCGUGCAUCAAGCUGUGGCAACGCGUCAUGUCAAACGAUACCACGCCCAUGUUCGAGAGCUACCGGCGGUUGCGGCUCAACCUGAACGACCCACAGCCGACCGGCGGCAAGAAGGGCGAGGUGCCCAACAGCGUCGUGGCGGCGCGCAAGCGCGAGCUCGCUGCAGUGUGGCGCACCUUCCCCGACAUGGCCGACGUGGCGCGCAUCGUGCCGUUUGGUGACCCCGACGCGUUGGCCACCCUCAAGCUGGCGUGUCUUGUCCACUACGAGCGCCAUGGAGUCGGGAGUGGGCCGGUGCGCCCUGUCAAAGUCGCGUUUGAAGUCGAUCUCGCGGGCGUGUGCGCCAUGAAGGCCAGGAGCCUCGGCGCAACGACCAUCUUGCCUGCCAGAGCUGCUGCGCGUCUCAAGCCGACCUGGAGCUAUGACCCGGCAGUACGCGGUGGCGGUGCGUGA